CUCCCUUGGCUCUCCAAAAAUCCAACUUUCUUUUCCAUUUUGCUUCUCGUUUCUCUUCUCCUCUCCCUUCCAGUCCGUGGGAAAAAUCAAACCCUAAUCCUAAUUGAAAAUGUCGUCGAGGCUCAAAGAGCGAGGCGGCGGUGGGGGGAAGAUCAUGGCGUCGAAGCCCCACAAAGCCCUGGCGGAGUCGACGCCCGAGGUGAAAGGAAGCGCCACCCGUAGAACACCCGUCGCCGCCGGAAAGGAGAACCCCAGAACCCUCUCCGGGGGGAAGAUCUCCGCAGGUCGUUCGAGCCUGGUGCCGAAGCAGGUCGAGAAGGCGGCUGCCGCUGCCGCCGGAGUCCGAUGGUCCACGUCGUCGAUGCCACGAGGUAAGGCCCCAACCCCGUCGGAUUUUCCGAGGUUGAUCGCUGAUCUUCGCGGCGAGCACCGCAUUUCUAGGUCGGGCUCCGAUCGGAUGGGGAGAGCUUUAGGGAGGGAUCAGGCGGUCGAGGCCGGUGGGAGGAGGAGCGUGGGCGGGAUUAGGGUUUUAGAGAAGUGUCAGCAGGGUAAGAGGGUUCCGGAUUCGAAUUUGAAGAGGAAGGAUGAGAAAUUCGUCGGUGGGGUUCGGGUUUUGGAGAAUCGCAUGUCCAGUGGGUUUUUAAACUUGCCAGUAGUGAAGAAUAGUUCUAGGGUUUCGGAUGCAAACUCUGGAGAAAACAGUAGUAAAGCUGCAAGCUUUGCCAUGGACUCCGAGGUUUGCAACGAGAAAGAUGAUCUUGGUUCACAGCUGGAUCCAAUAGAUGAGAAGGGGACUGAUGAUGUAAGAAGCACUGAAGAUCAAAAAGAUGGUAGUCAUCUAGUAGCUUUAAAACAGAGCGGAAUGAAUGGAAAUCGAAAUGUCGCAACAGAGAUCUGUAACGAUAAAGUAGUCUUGGCUUCGAGUUCCAUCGAUGGGAAACCUUUGGGUGGUGUUCAGAGUCUGGAUGAUCCAAAGGACAAAAGUUCGUUAGCUUAUAAUGGAGAAGUUCAGAAUGGGACUGGCAAGGACGCUGGUGCUGAUAUUUUGGUGAAUCCCAAGAAGAAAGAUCGCACGGUCCUGGACAUAGAAAAAGCAGUAAGUAAUGGUCGUGUUUGUUUGGAUCAGGAUGGGGAAGUGCUUGAGAAACCAUCAGAUAAUAUUAAGGUUUUUGAGAAGAUUACUGAGGAUACAAAAGGUGCUCAUGUUAUUAAUAAGUAUCCGAGCAAGCUGCAUGAGAAAUUGGCGUUAUUAGAAGGUAGAGUUCAAAAAAUUGCCUCAGAGAUCAAGCGCACAAAAGAAAUGUUGGACGUGAACAACCCAGAUGAUUCAAAGCUGAUUCUUUCUGAUAUUCAGAACAAGAUAUCUGGGAUUGAGAAAGCUGUGGGUCAUGUGAUGGAUGGGACUAAACAUCAGUUGGGUCCAUCUGAAAUCAGAACAGGUGAUAGCUUGCAAAGCAUAAAUGGGGAAAUCAGUCAAUAUGGGAAGCUUGUUGACUCAAAAAAUUCAGUGAAAGGAUUGAAUCAUGAAGAAUUGGAGGCUAGAUUCUUUCCUCAUCAGAAGUUAUUGAGAAGCCGAAGAUCAUCUGAUGCUUCUGGAGAACAACUAUUGUUAAAAAAUGGUGGUGAUCGAGAGAUGAAGGAUGGAUCACUUAGCCCCAUUGAUGAAAAUCCAAUUGCCUUGGAGUUUCUGGCUUCUUUAAAUGCAGAACAAUCUAGUCUUGACAAAGAUAGAAUCAUGCUUGCUGCUGUUCGGGGAAUGGGAAUGGGAAUGGAAGGUACUUCAGCAGCACAAUGUGCUUCGAAGAAGGGAAUCAGCGGUUAUCACAAGGAGGAAAUUGAACUUCUGGCAAGUGAGAAGCUUGAAGAGUUUGAUGACCAGGAGAAUAGACCUGCAAUGAUGGUACAUGAAGAGACUGACGAAGUUUGUAGGGAUCAGUUAUGCGAGAUAGGACACAAGCCUUCAACUGGUGGAUGGUUUGUUUCAGAAGGAGAAGCUGUUCUUCUCGCUCAUGAUGAUGGCUCUUGUUCCUACUAUGACAUUGCUAACUAUGAGGUCAAAGCUGAAUAUAAGCCUCCAACAGGAGUAUCCAAUAACUUAUGGGGUGAUUGUUGGUUAGUUCGUGCCCCUGGUGCAGAUGGAUGUUCUGGAAGGUAUGUUGUUGCAGCAUCAGCUGGGAAUACUUUGGACUCUGGUUUUUGUUCAUGGGAUUUUUAUACAAGAGAUGUCAAAGCAUUUCGGGUUGAGGAGGAAUCACCCAAUUCUUUUACAACAUCAUCAUCUAGGAUGGUUGUUGGCCCUCUAUCCAACACAGGUUUAUUCAGUAGAAGCGCUCCAUGUGCAAUGCCUUCUGUUGAAAGACAGCAGUGGUGGUACAGGCCAUGUGGACCUCUCCUGAUUUCCUGUGCAAGCAGGCAAAAAGCUGUUGCUGCCUAUGAUAUCCGUGAUGGGGAUCUAGUAAUGAUGUGGGAAGUGAAUAGUCCAGUAUUAGGGAUGGAAUACUCAAGCCCUCUGCAAUGGAGAAGUAGGGGGAAGGUGAUCAUAGCAGGAACAGAUGCCAUCAGUCUUUGGGAUGUGAAUUCACUCAAUCCACAGCCUCUGUUGUCCGUUGCUUCUGCUGGUAAAAGAGUUUAUUCCCUUCAUGUUAACAACACUGAUGCUGAAUUGGGUGGUGGUGUUCGCCAGAGAGUGAGUUCAGCUGAAGUGGAGGGCAAUGAUGGUGUCUUUUGCACACAAGAAAGCGUAAAUGUGUUCGACUUCCGCCUCCCAAAUGGUAUUGGCCUCAAAAUACCUAGGCAUGGUGCAAUUGGCCACUCAAUCUUCUCGCGUGGCGACUCCAUAUUUAUCGGGAGCACCGAAGGACGAUUGCCAAUAAAAGGUGGUCCACGCUCGCGGGUGCAACACUACUCGUUGCGCAAGGGAAAGCUAGUGGCAACUUAUGAAUUCCCAGAAUUCAAUUCCCACUUUCACCACACUUUGAUAACUCAGGUGUGGGGGAGCACCAAUCUUGUCAUGGGCAUCUGUGGGAUGGGAUUAUUUGUGUUUGAUGCCCUCAACGAUGAAGGAUCUCCAAUCUUUAGCAUGGAUCAGGGGAAAAUAGGAGUGAAAGAAAUCAUUGGUCCUGAUGACCUAUAUUGCCCUACAUUUGAUUAUUUGGGAUCACGGGUUCUUGUUAUAUCAAGGGACCGCCCUGCUUUUUGGAGGUAUCUAUUAUAGCUAUAUGUAUGCACAAAAGAAACUUGUUAGCCUGUAAUGUUGCUUGAUCUGUUUUCUUAUGUAAUGUUGGGUUGAUGUAAGCAUACUGCUUUUAAUUAUAGUUGUGAAAAUAUGGAAUCAAGAUACUCUUU